AUGGAGGAGUGGGCUUUCCUGGAUCCAAACCAGAAAAAACUCUACACAGAUGUGAUGCAGGAAACCUUCUGGAACCUGGCAUCAGAAUAUGAAGAAAACGAUGAUAAAUGUAAGGAACCUGAGAAAGCUUUCAAGCAUCACCAACAUAUUCAAAGCCAUGAAGGCAGCCCCAGUGGGAAAGCUUUCCACUAUUCAGCUUCCCUUAGAAAUAAUGAAAGAACACAUAUUGGUGGGAAACUGUAUGAGUGUAAGCAAUGUGGGAAAGGCUUUAGUCAUCUUAGUUACUUUAAACUUCACAAAAACACUCAUAGUGGCGAGAAACAAUGUCAAAGUAAGCAACGUGGCAAAGCUUUCAGUACUCCCAAGGACUCUGGAGAAAAUGAAAGAACACAUACUGCAGAAAAGCCCUAUCAAUGUAAGAAAUCUGGUAAAGCUUUCAGUUCCACUUCUCUUAGAAAUCAUGAAAGAACACAUACUGGCAAGAAACCUUAUGAAUGUAAGCAAUGUGGGAAAGUCUUCAGUUUGCUCAGUUCUCUUAGAAAUCAUAAAAGAAGUCAUGAAGAAAAGAAGCCUCAUGAAUGUAAGGAAUGUGGUAAAGCAUUCCGUCAUUGCUGUUCCCUUCGAAAGCAUGAAGUAACUCAUACUGGGGAAAAACCCUAUGAAUGUAAGCUUUGUGAAAAAGUUUUCUCUUCUUCAGUUGCCCGUCGACGUCAUGAAAGAACUCAUACUGGGGUAAAAUGCUAUGAAUGUAAGCAUUGUGGUAAAGGUUUCUAUUAUCAAUCUUCUCUCCUAGAUCAUGAAAGAACUCAUACUAGGGAAAAACCCUAUGAAUGUAAGCUUUGUGGUAAACUUUUCUCUCAUUCAACUUCCCUCCAAUAUCAUAAAAGAACUCAUACUGGGGAAAAACCCUAUGAAUGUAAGCAAUGUGGGAAAGCCUUCAGUUCUCCCAGCUCUCUUGGGAAACAUAAAAAAAGUCAUAAUGGAAAGAAGCCUUAUGAAUGUAAGGAAUGUGGUAAAACAUUUCAUCAUCACUAUUCCCUUAAAAAUCAUGAAAGAACUCAUACUGGGAUAAAGCCCUAUGAAUGUAAGCAAUGUGGGAAAGUCUUCACUUGGCUCAGCUCUCUUGGAAAACAUAAAAGAAGUCAUGAUGGGAAGAAGCCUCAUGAAUGUAAGGAAUGUGGCAAAACUUUCCUUUAUCCUGCUUUCCUUAGAAUUCAUGAAAGAGUGCAUACUGGGGAAAAACCCUAUGAAUGUAGCCAUUGUGGUAAAGCUUUCUCUUAUCCAACUUCCCUCCGAUGUCAUGAAAGAACUCAUGAUAAGGAAAAACCCUAUGAACGUAAGCUGUGAGGGAAAGCCUUUAUUCAUCCCAGUUCCCUUCAAAAUCACAAAAACUCUUAGUAGUGGAGAGAAAUAAUAAGGAAUGAAAGAACUCACACUGAAAAUAAGCUCUGUCAUGUAAAGAUUGUAGAAAAGCCUUUGACCAUCCUAGUUUUGUUUAGUUUUGUUUUUUAAUACACACCUGAGAAUAUUUUUCCAUGGAGAUAUUGGAAGUCAGAGAGAAAGACAGAGAGCACAUCAAUUGGUUGCCUACUGCAUGCGACCAGACAUGAAAACACACAGUGGAGAAAAGCUCAAUAAAUGUAAGGAAUGUGGUAAAGCUUUCAGUUUCUGCAAGUCUCUUAGAAAGCAUGGAAGAACACAUACUAGGGAAAAACCUUAAGAAUGUAAGCAAUGUGCAAAAACCUUCCAUUGGAUGUCACAUGUUUGAAGACAUAGAAGAAUUCAUAAUGGAAAGAAGCCUCAUAAAUAAGGAAUGAAGUAAACCUUUUUGUUAUCCUUUCUCUUAAAUAUCAUGAAAUGUAUACUGGGAAGAAACCCUAUGAAUGCAAAAAAUGUGGGAUAACCUACAGUCAUCUCAGAUCCUUUCAAAUUCACAAAAAUUCUCAUAGUGGAGAGAAACCAUAGCAAUGUAAGGAACGUUGUAAAGCCUUCAGGAUCCAACUAGUUUUUACAGACAUGUGAAAACAAAAAUGUAUUGAUAAACACUGUUAAUGUAAAGAAUAGCAAAGAGCCUUCAUUUAUCUCCAGCUGUGCCAUCAUAUAUGAUUAUCCAUAUUGGGGAUGGACCCUAGAAAUGUAAGAGUUUUAGAAAGCAUUCAUUUCUUCCAGUUUAUUGUAAAGGAUAACAGAACUCACUGAAGAGAAGCCCUGUCAUGUAAAGAUUGUAGAAGAGCCUUUGGCCAUCCUAGUUCUUUACAAAGUCAUGGAGGGACUCACACCCAAGAGUAAGUAUAUGAACAUAAGCAAUGCGGGAGAGCCUUUCUUGGACAUGUGAGAAUGCACCUGGAGAAAUAGUGUAUACAUAUAGAGAAGGUGGGAAAGCCUUCCGCUGUCCCUUUUCCUUGGAAAGGUCAUGAAAAAACUCAAAAGUGUAAAAAUGUAUUGAAUGUAAAAAUGUAGGAAAACUUUCAUGUUGCCUCAUAUACCUACAAUACCAUGUGAGAAUGUACACUGUAUAAUUAACAACU